AUGUUUGUUUCAUUGGGGAAAGAACAAAGUACUCCCCAACGACUCGAUACUAUCCGGUCGAGAAUAUCAUGGGCUUCAAUCGAGGUCUUUCGCAAGCGAUAUGUCAAUCUAAUUGACAAUAAUGACGCUCCCCUUCAAAUUCGUAAUAUCUAUGAAAUGCCCGAGAACACGACGUACACCGUAGAAGUUGAAUAUGAAAGUGUUAACACGCGAAUCAAGCAAAUGUAUCGGUACAACAUCUUUCGUUCAUCGUCACAACUCACAAUCUCCAACGAUUUCAUUCACGACACUUACACCUUUAACAUCGACACAUCUCCCGACGAACAUUACGUCUUCCACACACAAACACUUUUGUUCUCGAAAAUCGAAGGGACCAUUUACUUGACAACCAAAAACUUUUUCUUCGUCCCAAAAAUGUUAUUGUUGGUGUCCCAUUUGACUUUCAAUUAUCAACUGUAUAAAGAAACAGCAAAGUAUUUCAUCAAAUUACCACUCCAAUUACUCGAGUCCACUCUCCCUAAUAACUUGUCUCUUAAUAUCACCGUUUGUCCUUUUUACCACCCUACUAUCCCGACUUGUUUGGUGUUCAAUUUCACUUCACAAACAUUUGUGAUGUCGGUGGUCCACCACCUCGCGUCUCUUCGCUUUCAAGACGGCGGGGAAUCACCUUUAAAUAAAAUCCCAAUCGAUGACUCGUCUGACCACGGCGCUAAGCUCCAAGAAAGAGUCGACGGCAUAUAUAACCCUAAUAUAGAGUUAACAAGACAAGACAUGGAGAAGUCCUUUAUGAUCACAGACGUUAAUGCAAGAUUCCAAUUGUGUCCAACGUACCCCACUGUGCUUGUCGUACCAAUCGAAUUGUCGAAUAAACAGGUAUUAAAGAACAUUGCGAGGUUUAGGUGUAAAGGACGUAUUCCUUUAGUCACGUAUUAUUCCAGCAAAACAGGCGCUGCACUAUUUAGGUCAUCACAACCCCUCGUCGCAACAACCUUUGCUUUUGGUGUGUUCAAACAGAGUCAGUCGCAAGAAGACCAGGACUUAAUUCAUCACUUACGGUGUGACGGGAGAGACGAAAAUGCUAAAUUGUUUGUCCUUGAUUGCAGAGCUGUAGCAAAUAGUGUUGCUAAUCGGUUCAAUGGAGGUGGGACGGAGAGCACAAAUAGUUACAAGAACUGUACUAUCUAUCAUCUAAAUUUGCCGAAUAUCCAUACUGUGUAUUCGGCGUAUCAAAAGAUGGUGACUGGAAUCAAUUUGAGGAACGAGAGAAGUGUCUCGGAGUAUUACUCGUAUGUCUCCGACUGGUUUGAUAUAUUACAAAACAUAUGUGAGAGUGUGAAUAAGACUGUGAUAUUAUUGAAUAACGGAGAUCGGGUGUUAGUGCAUUGUAGUGAUGGGUGGGACAGAACGCCCCAGAUCUCUGCGUUAUCGCGAAUUUGUUUGGAUAGUUAUCAUAGGACUUUAGAAGGGUUUUUGUCGCUGAUUGAAUUUGAAUGGAUCAUGCUUGGGCAUAGAUUCCAAUUCAGACUAAGAAACAACCUCAAAGAGAAUUCCCCCGUCUUUCUGCAGUUUCUGGAAAUUGUGGUUAUGUUCCUGAGGAAGUACCCCACCGACUUCGAAUUUAAAGAAAACCUUUUAGUGGAUUUGGCUGUGGAAAGUGUAUGUCCGACGACGGGAACGUUUUUAUAUAACUGUGAAGCGGAGAGAGAGAAGUUCGAUGUUGCUGGGACGCGGACAUCGUUUUUCAAAAAAGUGAUGGAAGAGAAGCAAAAGUACAAGAACAAGAAUUAUGUGCAAGACGAUGACAAUUUUGUCCUACGAAGUCAUUUUGAAAUCUACGAGUUUGUAGUCUGGAAGGAUUUUUAUUUGAGAGACAUUGAAUACUCGUGUGAAGUUCCUGAUAAAUAA